UGUGUACUUUGAACAUAUUAUGUGACAGUUUUUAAUUAAAAUAAGUGAAUAAAACGAUGUUAUAAUUUAAUAAAGAUAAUGUACGUUGACAUUUGUGAAGUGAAGUGUCAUAGAUUAAAUAAACAGAAGUGGUAAAAAAAUUAUAAUCUGUAAUGCAAGUGAAAUACAACGUGUGUUUGAAGAUGCAGUGGGAAGGAGGGGGGGAGAAUACGACGAUCUGAUUGGCUGCUUGAUUAUGACGUCAGAGUAGUUGUCAAAAAAACCGCAACCAUGGAUAAGAUGUCGGCAGCAGGUUCAGCGGUGGCGAUGAUAGGAGCCAACCUUCGUUUUGGCUCCGCGGGCGCCACCAACGCAUCCAUAGUUAACAACACGCGGUUAUGCCCACCAGGGGGAGCUGCGAGCGCUGCAGCACUUCUAGCGCUGUCAAGCCUUGGCAUGUCAGCGAAUAUCGCGCUGAUGGCGGUUAUUUUGAGCAAGAAACAAUUGCGACGAUGGUCUCAUGGUCUACUCUUCCAUCAAGCGGUGGUGGACUGCGCCCGCGCAGCCAUCCUGCUACCACUCGGCAUAGCUGUGUUUCGAUGUCAGCCUGUUUAUAAGUGCUCGCUUGUGGAAACCGCUUUUCUGUUAUUGGUAACGGUAUCAACGGUAAACAUGCUGACAACAGUGCUGAAUGACAGUCCAAUUUUCCCGGAGAAUGAGGAGGAACAGGCCGAUUUAUCCGCACCAUUGCUUAUGGACAGCCCUCAGUGCGUGCUUUUCGGAACGUUCAUGAUAUGGUUUGCAUCAAUAACCAUCAAUUUAGGGCCCACGUUUCUCUCUGGGGCCCUGGCCGCCAGCGCCGGCUCCUACAGUUCGUACGGGCCCUCGCCUUCGUGUCCGCUAGUUAGGGGCCCCUUCAGGCAUUAUGUACUCAACGCUCUAUGGAUAGGUGUUAACGCUGUGUGCGUAGGUCUCACCCUGUUUCACUUGAAGAAAUUACACCGUGAUCUCACUAAGGCUAACGUAGAGGCAGUUCGCGUAGCUGGUCUAGUGACCACGCUAGUCAGCAUGGCUGGAGACAACCGCCGGAUGGAUUCUCUACCUAACAGCGUUGGACCAAGGACAGUAGAUGGUACACUAGCUGACGGGCAGUGUCGGAGCGCGAACCUGCCUCUGGGUGGUGGUCGACGCCUGCGGGGGUACCUCGCCAGGGUGGAGCGGGAGGGGGUGCGCCGAGUGCGAAUGUUCCUGGUGAUUACGGCCGCGUAUGUGCUGUUCUGGGGACCACUGUUUAUCAUCACGCUGCUUCAUCACCCGGCUCUGACGUCACAUGUGGCGUAUGAACUCUACUUCCAAAUCACGCUUCACAUUUCGUACGUGCACGCGGCGGUGAACCCGCUCCUGUUCAUGGCUCUGCACCGAGCGCUGCGCCGCGCCGCUCUGCAGCUGUGUUGUGGAUGCUGCGUUCAUUGGAGCCAGUUUGUUCUCGCGCUCACUGCUGCCGCACAAUCCCCGCUCGCUCCAUCGUCGUUCUCACCAGCGGCCGCGUCCCCCGAGCCGCCCCCCGCGCCCCCACCCCCACUGGCGCCCCCCGCGCCCCCCGCACCGCACCCACACACGAUGAUGAGUUGGGAAGUUGAGGAGUGUGAUGCUGAGAGUAUCUCGAGUGCGCGUGUACAGGGAGACGAGGAUAUGAUGGAGUGGAACGGCAACGUGCGCCGUCCGCGGUCUCCGAGCCCCCUCCUCCCCGCGAUCUGAGCGCACACGCCGCUACGAGUGGACAUUAGUUGUAGUGUGCGUUAGGUUACACGGUUAUCGCGUAGUGAGUAUUGUGCGUUCACCUAUCAUGAGGAUUAGACUUUCUAUACGGAGGAUGAGACUUUCUAAAUCGAGGAUGAUACUUUCUAUCCCGAGGAUGAGACUUUCUAUCCCGAGGAUUAAACUUUCUAUCUCGCGGAUUAGACGUUGUAGUGUUGCACUUGUAGGUUCAUUGAUGUCGUGUAAAGAUUUAAUUAUCUUGUUAAGUUUUGUUUUAAAUUAAUGUUUAUCAGUACUGUAUUUUAUUAUAAUAAUUUGAAAAUAUGU